AUGAAGUCCGGUUGCUUAUCGCUUCUUGUGCUGUCAUCUAUCGCUCUCGGUUCACCCGUAGCCAGCCAGGAAGACAAGAAGUAUGCCAUUCUCGACAAUGACUGGGGCCCUGUCAGCUUUCUGCCAUUUCUCAUAGCAGCCAAGAGCGACGUUGACAUCCUCGGACUAAUAUCAGACACCGGGAAUACUUGGCAACAUCAAUGCGCCCUCCAUGCUCUCGCCAACCUCGAAAUCGCCAAUCUAACCUGCGUCCCGGUCUACCCCGGGGCCACCUGGCCACUCAUCAACACCCCCCAUCGCUUCCAGGCAUGGGAAACUAUCCACGGGGACCUCCCCUUCCAAGGUGCCUUUGCGCUCGAAAAUCAAACCGCCGAGGCGGAAGGCAACGAUCCCAGCUCGGGCGAUCCCAAUCGCGUAGUCCGCGGUGCCUUCGUCGAAGGGUUCCCGAACACCACCGUCAACGACUCGACCACCGGCGCGAACUUCCUGGUCGAGAUGGUUCGCAAGUAUCCGCAUCAAGUGUCCAUUUACUCUGCGGGAGCUCUGACUAAUAUCGCUCUCGCUGUGCGGAGUGAUCCGUCGUUCGCGUCCCUGGCGAAGGAACUCGUCAUUAUGGGAGGGUAUGUGGAUGUCAACAGACUGCAGGUUACGGGGGACCAUGAACAAGCAAAUAUCAAUUCCGAUAUUAACCUCAUGAUCGACCCCGAAGCCGCCAAGAUCGCUCUGAACGCGGACUUCCCGGAGAUCAUCAUCGCCGGAAACGUCGCCAACCAGGUCCAGUCCACGCAGGAGUAUCUGGACGAAGUCUACGAAGUGCAGAACCCGCUGACAAAACUAUUCCAUGACCAUUACGGCACCAGGUUUCCCUUCUGGGAUGAGACGGCCGCUGCAUUGAUGGUGAAUAAGUCCCUUGCUGUGAAUACCACUACCGCCUAUAUCGAUGUUGAUAUCUCCUACGGUAGUCCUAAUUAUGGGAAUAUUCAUCUUUAUCAGGCGGCCCUUGCGCCGAAGGGCUUGAGGACCGUGACCUUUGUGAAUGAGAUUGAUGGAGAGGAACUGAAACGGGUGAUGAAAGAGGCUAUGCAGGAUCCACCGACGUGUGAUUAG